AUGUCGACUACUAAAAAGCGCCAAGCGGAGGAUACUCCUGCUCAGCCAAAGCCAAAAAAAAGCAAAAAGAGAAAGGCGAAUGCCCCAGAUGAUGAACUUCUCGAUACUGAGCUUGGUCUCAACACGCUCUUCACCAAGAUGGACAACCAGCUCUUGGCUGAUCAUCUUGCCCAGAAAUUGGGACGCUUCGGCACUGACUUGAGCGCUGUUGAGAUUUCUGAUAUGACUGUAUCCGCCAACGCGAUUCAAGAUACCACUUCAUGGCAAGAGUCAAGAACGUUGGAUAAGUUUCCGGACUUCCUGGAGAAGGUGUCAGAGGAUCCCGAGGGUUUAAAGAAGGCGCCUAAGAAAACGGGAUCCCCCCAUACCCUUAUUGUUGCAGGAGCUGGUUUGAGAGCUGCAGACAUUGUCAGGUCGAUGCGCAAGUUUCAAAGCAAAGAUAAUUCAGUCGCGAAAUUGUUCGCCAAGCAUAUGAAAGUUGAGGAGCAAGUCAAGUUCCUCCAGAAACACAAAACUGGCAUCUGUGUCGGUACACCUGCCCGACUCAUGGAUCUCAUCGACAACGGCGCACUCUCCUUGGAUAACUUGAAGCGGCUAGUCAUUGAUGCUUCACAUAUCGACCAGAAGAAGCGAGGUUUGAUGGACAUGAAGGAAACUAUGAUGCCUCUGGCUCGUUUCUUGUCAAGAAAGGAGCUCAAGGACCGAUACGGCGACGAGAAGAAGCCGUUGGCUUUGUUGUUCUAUUAA